CUUCUCAGUUUUUCAUUCUAUCCCAUGUAGAAGAAUCUCAAACACUAUUCAUAGUUGAGGUAUUUGUCAAUUUGACAACUUUGAACACCACUUUUUUCUCAAUUGGGUAUUCCCAAAGUUCCUCAAUUUUUUAGAUCUACCCACCUUUUCUGGGCAAUCAAUUGCAUACCAGUGGUAUAGCAUCAAAUACAUAGGUUCUCUCGGGUUUUGAAAAAUACGAUUUUGAUACAAUCCCAUGUACCCUUUAUUAACCCAUCUAUGUAUUCUUCAUUGCCCAUUUUCUAUCUUUCUCCUUUCAUUUGGUUUUGGCUCCCUAAUUUGAGCAUUGGGUUGUUCUGUUUAGUUCUUUUCUAACUUGGUUAUAGAGGCUAAGAUAGUGAGAUCAAAGGUGGGAAGUGGAGGUCUGAAAAGUUAGGAUCCGAGGCCAUUUCUUUGGAGGGUAAUAGGCAUUUUUUUUUAACUUGGAUAGCUUUUGGUAAGGUGGCUUUUGAGAAUGGAAUUUAUGCUUGUUUCGGUUCCCGUUUUGAAACCCAACACAGUGAGCGUAUAAAGGUGAAUGAAAGAGAAGGAAGAAGGGUUUUCCCUUUUUGUUUUUUGUUUUUUUUUUUUUCCCCUAUAAAAUCACAAAAAGUUUUCAUAUUAUAAAGGGAGAGCGUUGGCUUUAGCAUGCAACUUGACUCCGGUAAAAAGAGGGAGCGUCCAAGAAAGAGAGCAACGCCAAUAGAAUAAACACUCACAAAGACAAGAUCAUGCAAGGUAUGAAGAAGCAGCAGAAGCAGAAGCAGUUGGCCAAUGAAGAAUCUAAGAAGAAGGAGCGUCACAUUGUGACGUGGACUCAAGAGGAGGAUGAUAUACUCAGAGAGCAAAUUGGCAUCCAUGGAACUGAAAAUUGGGCAAUUAUUGCUUCUAAAUUCAAGGACAAAACGACAAGACAGUGCAGAAGAAGAUGGUACACUUAUUUGAAUUCUGAUUUCAAGAAAGGAGGAUGGUCACCAGAGGAAGACAUGCUCUUAUGUGAGGCUCAAAAAAUAUUUGGUAACAGGUGGACAGAAAUAGCAAAGGUGGUUUCAGGCAGAACGGAUAAUGCUGUGAAAAACCGUUUCUCCACAUUGUGCAAAAAGAGAGCAAAAUAUGAAGCCUUAGCAAAAGAGAACAACACUUCAUACAUCAAUUCAAAUAACAAAAGGAUUAUUUUUGAACACGAUUAUAAUACAGAUGCGGCUUCGGCACCUGCAGUAGCUAUCAAGAAGAUGAGGCGAUCACAUAUCCCUGAUGGUUCAGAAAAAAUCAACUUUGGAGACAGAUCCCAUAAACAAAAUGGAACUCCAAUAAAUCAGCAGCCGAGAGCACCUUUUGCAGUUUUAGCUAACUCUCAUAAUGUCAACAACUUGACAGACCAGCAUCAUGUAUGCAAUGUGAAGUUUAGUGGUUAUGCCCAAAACAACAAUGUUCAAGGAACAUUCCUCAAAAAGGAUGACCCUAAGAUAAGCGCAUUGAUGCAACAAGCUGAGUUACUAAGUUCACUAGCUCUAAAAGUUGACGCAGAGAACAUGGAGCAAAGUCUUGAAGAUGCAUGGAAGGUUCUUCAAGAGUUUAUGAACCGAACCAGAGAAUCAGAUAUUCCCAGAUAUAAGAUUCCAGAUCUACUGCUUGUAGAUCUUAAAGAUUUGUUGGAAGACUUAAAAAGUACUAGUGUGGGAAUCCAGCCAUGUUGGAGGCAAAUGGAACUAUAUGAAGACUCUCCAGGCAGUUCUGAAUACAGUACAGAAUCAACUCUCCCUCAUCCAGCUAGUGAGAAUUUGGAAAACUCACUGCAUCAGGAUAUUGGAACUGAACUGAGGUCUAUCCAAAUUGGAGAUCAAAAAGGAGUUAGAGGAUGUGACCAAGGGAUUCUUUCUAGUGCAACUGUGGAUCAAGAAUUGGUAGCAGAUAUGUUCCCAUCUUGUGCGGAACAAAUAAACAAUGAUGGCAUUGUUUCUGCCUUAUCAAGUACAGAGUUCAGUUCCCCUCUUCAAGUUACCCCUCUGUUCAGAUCCUUAGCUGCAGGAAUUCCUAGCCCACAAUUUUCAGAAAGUGAAAGGAACUUCCUUAUGAAAACACUUGGAAUGGAGUCUCCAUCUCUCAAUCCAAGUGCCAACCCCUCACAACCGCCGCUCUGCAAAAGAGCCCUCCUACAUAGUUUAUAAUUUGAAUCACUAAUUCAUCUGGAAUACAAAAUAUUUGUGUGUCCUUUCCCCUUUCUGAAUCCUUUCUCCCCACCUAUGGCAACUAGCCUGUUAGUUGUUCUCUGCCUGGUUUGAGAAAAAGAUUGCAGUUUUGAUCAGCCUAAAUUUUUGAAAGCCAUACCCUCCCCUAGAAUGUUAUGGUACAUUCUGAGGAUCUUCAACAUAUCUAACAUUGUCCUCUUCCUCUCCUCCACCACUCAAUGUUACCUUUCUUGAUACUUAAACAAAAAAAUUAGCGUGCUUAGUGUGUCAUUCUUUGGUUUGUCUUCUUUGAUAUCAUUCUGGGUUUGUUUUUCUCCAAUCCAGCUUUUGGUCUUGGUUUGCUUUUUUUUGUACAUAGCCUGUUGUGUGAUGCUAGUCAUCCUGAGUGUGUAUGUAUACAUCGGCAAUUCGCCUACCCUACUACAUAUAAUGAAUAGAGAGAGAGACAUAGAUAGAAGAGAGAAAAGAAGAAAAAAAGUGGGAGUAAAAAGAUAAACCAGUGGCAAACUGGACUCCUAUUUGUUGUUUUGGGUGUGCAUAGAUUAUAGAAUAAAUAUUCUUUUUUCCAUUUUGGUUCUGAUGUACUGAAACAUAAUUAUAAUUGGA